AUGUCGUCCCCCCCGUCCCCUCGCCCCCCGCCCUCCGCAUUCCCGUGCACCCCGGUACCGGUGGGGUCCUCCCUCCUGAGCAUCACCUGGGUACCACCCUGCGAGCUCUGCGUGUCCCCCGUGGGGUUUAGGGACCAGGGUGACAUCCCAGUGCAGCAGCACGAGGGUGUCCUGAGGAACCGCACCCACGUAGGAUGUGGCCCCAGUGCAACUCCAACUUCCCCCCACCCCCCUCCAGAUGUCCCCAAGGCCACCGAGCCCCGGGGUGACAGCGAUGGCCCCCGCCGGGGUUCCCUCUGCGACCGGCACUGCGCCGCCAUCAACAACGUGCACGGUGACUUGGGUGACCUGGGCUGUCACCUGCACCGUCCCCGCGUCCCCCCAGGUAGGUUGGCCAUGGGAUGGGCUGGGUAUGGGGCUUGGGGAGAGGGGUGGGGGUCCUACACCUCCUGUCACCCCCCCAUCUUGCCUGCAGCCAUGUCCCCCCCGCUGUGCUGCCAGCAGCACUCGGAAGAGGUCUGCGAGAGCUGCGUGGUGAAAACCACUCUGACGGCUGAAAAUGUUGUGGAGGCCAACAAGCUCUCCAACAAUUACAAGUUUGGAUUCAAGAAAUGGAAGAGCCAUGUGACAGCGCGGCCCUGGGAGGACCGAUCUGAGAUUGUCAAGGAGCUCUACUCUGACCUCAAUGUCAUCCGGGGCUCUGGGGGGUCCACAGUGACUUGUGGGAAUGUCCUCUACCUGCUGCUCUUUGGCUGGUGGCUCUCGUUCCUCUACGUCCUCGUGGCUGCCAUGAUGUUCAUCACUGUUGUGGGGACUCCUUAUGGGCGGCUCUGCUGGGAUUUGGCUGGGUAUUUCCUCUGGCCCUUUGGUAAAGUGAUCCAGAAGGUGGAGGUCCCCAAACCCCGCCGGGCGCUGGCGUGGCUGUGCCUGGGCUACCCGGCGUUGGUGCUGGCCCAUGGACUAGUGUGCAUCACAGCGUGGCUCCUUGUCUUCCUCAUCCCUGUGGCCAAGCUGAGCGCCCGCACCACCACCCGUGUCCUGCUGCUGCCCCCGGAGCGGGUGCUCGUGCGGCGCCUGAAGAUGACGGAGGUGCCACUGGAGGGGGAGGUGAUCCUGUGCUGCUACCGUGCCGUCAACCCCUAUUACUACAAAUAUGCUGUGGAUGGCAUCAACGUCUUUGCUGUCAACUUGCUGCCAUUGGUGCUGGUGACCCUCGUGCUGGGCUACGUGGACAGCCACAACCGCCUGACCAGCUCCCCUGUCAAGUUCACGUUGGCCCUGCUCUCCAUCAUGCCUCUCUCCUACUACAUCGGGAUGGCCAUUGCCAGCAUCUCGGCCCAGAGCAACUUUGCGGUGGGAGCCGUGGUGAAUGCCACAUUUGGCUCCAUCACAGAACUCACCUUCUACAUCACAGCCCUCAUCAAGGGCUCACGUGAGGGCAACCGCUGCUACGCUGAGAUCGUCAAGUCGGCAUUGACGGGGACACUGGUGGGCUGUGUCCUCUUUGUCCCGGGUCUGUGCAUGGUGAUUGGGGGCAUCCGGCACCAGGAGCAACGGUUCAACAGCCGCUCGGCGGGUGUCAGCUCGGCUCUGCUCUUCCUUUCUGUGGGAGGUGUCUUUGCCCCGGCGCUCUUCUCCAAGGUGUAUGGGAAGCUGGUGUGUGGUGAGUGCCACAACGUCACCCAGAACCCACUGGGCCACUACCUCUGCCACAACUGUCACUUUGACCUGAUGGAGAACAACGGCACCCUCUACUACAGUCACGUCCAACCCCUGGUGUACACCGUGUCCCUCCUGCUCCCUGCUGCCUACCUCAUUGGCCUCUUCUUCACCCUGAAAACUCACUCGCACAUCUACGACAUCCACAUCAGCGACUGUCACAUGCCUGGCCACCACCACAGCGCUGUGGUCCACUGGUCUCGCUGGCGGGCCCUGGUCAUCCUCCUGCUCUCCACCCUCUGCAUGUCAGCCUGUGCUGACCUGGCCACGGAGCACAUCAGCCCCAUCCUCACCAACUCCACCAUCUCACAGUACUUCAUUGGUGUCACUGUGCUGGCAAUGGUGCCGGAGCUGCCAGAGAUUGUCAACGGCAUCCAGUUUGCCCUGCAGAACAACCUGAGCUUGAGCAUCGAGAUUGGGAACUGCAUCGCUGUCCAGGUCUGCAUGCUCCAGAUCCCCAUCCUGGUGCUCUUCACUAUCUUCUAUCCGACCAACUUCACGCUUGUCUUCAGUGACCUCCAUGUCUAUGCCAGCAUGUUCAGCGUGGUGCUCAUGAACUACAUCUUCAUGGAUGGCAAAUGUGACUACUUCCAAGGCACGGUGCUGGUGAUGGUCUACUUCAUCCUCCUGGCUGUGUAUUUCUUCGCCCCAUCGCCCAGUGGUUGCUGA